CAAUUCGUGUGUACACUUGGGCAAACGUCUCUCGGACAGUGUGCUCGAGCUCCUCGGUUAAACGUAUCUCCUCGAUAAAUAGGUAGUGAGCGCGAGGCGAUCGGCGUGCGCGUGUGUUGUUGCUGCUGCUGCUGCUGUUUAUACCUCUGCCUGCCUGUGCUGUAGUGUGCUGUGCACGCGACUCGCGAAAAAGAAAGAGAGAUAGAGUGAGUGAGAGAGAGAGGCACUGCUACCAGUCGCUGAUCGGCCAUCCAAGCUGUCGGACACUUGGACAGCACUCCUCCAGCCUCUACCGAGAGACGCGAUUUUUUCCCCGAUUUAAUACGAGCGCGCAAGCUUGUUUUGUUUACAUCGACUUUGAGAGCAAUCACGGCUCUUUGAUACACCGUUAAGAUGACGCCUUCGUUGCAGUUAGCCGACGAUCAGCGCUUCGCCCUUAUGAAGUUUCGCAGAAGCGUUCAAGAUGUCAUUCAGCCAGGCCAUGACGAUCAAUUUCUGCUAAGGUGGUUGCGAGCUAGAAAAUGGGACCCGACCGAAGCCGAAAAAAUGCUGAGAAACUCGCUGGACUGGAGGAAACGCUGGGAGGUCGACAAGCUCGCCGACUGGGAGAUACCGCCGAUGCUGAUAGACUAUCUGCCGCACGGCCUGAGCGGCUACGACAAGGACGGCGCCCCGGUCAUCAUCGUGCCCUUCGCCGGCCUCGAUCUCUACGGCAUCCUGCACGUGGUGAGCAAGCGCGAGAUGAUCAAGACGACGGUCAAGCUGCUGGAGAACUACCUGCGCAUCUGCCGCGAGCAGAGCGAGAAGCACGGACGCGACGCCAGCCAGUGCACCGUCAUCUUUGACAUGGAGAACUUCAAUCUGCGACAGUACAUGUGGCGGCCUGCUGGAGAAGUCGUCAUUACCCUGAUCCAAAUGUACGAGGCCAACUAUCCGGAAAUCCUCAAAGUCUGCUACAUCAUUAACGCUCCCAAGGUCUUCGCAUUUGCCUUCUCCAUUGCCAAGAAGUUCAUGAACGAGUACACCAUAUCCAAGAUCCAGAUCUACAAGGCCGAUCCACCCAAGUGGAAGGCCGCCUUGCGCCAGGUCAUACCCGAGGACCAGCUUCCGGUGCACUUCGGUGGUUCUCUCAAGGAUCCCGACGGCAAUACUCGACUCGCCUCCAAGAUCUGCCAAGGUGGAAAGGUGCCGAAAUCCAUGUACGUCAACAAGAACGACAAGGACAAGGGCGAAAAUGAGUUCACCACGGCCGUGAUCAAGAAGAGCGACAAGCUCAAGAUCGAGCUGCAGUCAACGGAGGUUGGAUCUCUCCUGAGCUGGGACUUCCGUUUGGAGGAUCACGACAUCAAGUUCGGAGUUUUUAGAAAAAACAACGACGGCACGCAGACCGAGAUCAGUCCGAUGAAAAAGAUCAAUGCUCAAAAACAUCACGAAGUUGGUAUCGUUACUUGCGAAGUUCUUGGAACCUAUACCGUCGUUUUUGAUAACUCUUACAGCUUCCUCAGGAACAAGAAAAUCCAAUACCUCGUGCAAAUCGUACCCCCCACAACACUGGAUGAGGCUAGCCUUACAAAAGCUUAAUUGCCUCUUCGAUUUGUACAUACAUUUACUAUUCGCCAAUCAAAUUUUUCUUUUUACAUUUAUACCCGUAUCCAGAUUUGUGGCUUUCUAACCAUUCUUAUACUCCAAUUGUCACUUUUCUACUGAUAAAUAACAAAGACGUGAAAAUUUUGUACAUAAAGCAUGUAUUUUUGCAAUUUGUGGCAUAGGAUGUGUGAUAUACAUAUAUAAAUAUAUAUAUAUCUUUUUACUUAGAUAGAACAACUGUAUGUAAAUAUAAUUAUUUUAUGUGGUUAUUGUAUAAUAUCAACACUCUUAAUGGCUUGAGAUACUUAAUGUAAACAUGAUUAUAAAAAUAUUCAUUUAUAUUUGCGACAAACUA